CCACUAGCCGUUGCUUCAUUCUGCUGAACACACAUGGAGAAAAAAAAUCGUGUGGCCUGCCUUGUCAUUUCCUUUGGCUUUUCUGCUGUGUGAUAAAUCAGUAUUUUGUAAAGUAAAACACGCCUUUGAGAACAGUCUACCUCGCUUUCAGCUUAGUUCAGUCCUAAGCUCAAUCUCAGUAGAUCAACAGCGGCAAGCAAGGGCUCUCAAGGCAAAGAUGCAAGAAGUUGAGCCUGGCAUCACCAGCCGGGCACCAGAUGACAUGGACAUGAACGUUACAAGGUUGGACAAUGAAACGCUGGAAAUGCUGAACAGUGUCGCCGUUAGGACCAUCGUUCCCACCAUUUACCUGGCCGUUAUCAUCAUCGGCCUGCCCAGCAAUGUCAUCUCCUUCUCACUGCUUUGCUUCCACACCCGCCCGAAGACUCCCUUGGUCAUCUUCAUGAUCAACCUGGCCAUCACCGACCUUCUGCUGGCCAUCUUCCUCCCCUUCCAGAUCGCCUACCACCUCAACCGCAGCAACUGGAUCUUUGGCAGGUACCAUUGCACCUUCGUCACCACCUUGUUCUACGCCAACAUGUACUGCUCCAUCUUGACCAUGACGUUCAUUAGCAUCGAGCGCUACGUUGGGGUGGUCUACCCCAUCUGGUACAACACAGGGUGGAAAAGCAGGAACGCCGUGAUCGCUUGCCUGGGAAUAUGGGCGACUUUACUGAUUGUCCUGCUGCCCUUUGAAUACAGCGAUCUAACCUUUGACGUCCAGGAGCUGAAUAUAACGACGUGUUUCGACGUACUCAAGAGAAGCAUGCUUCCCGACCAGAACGCCUGGGUGUUGUUCCUCUUCACCCUGUUUGUCCUGCUCUUCCUGAUCCCGUUUACCGUCACCAUUGUCUGCUAUGUGCUAGUCAUACUGAAACUCUCUCGAACAUCUCACAACACGACAGCGCACAAGAAGAAAAAAAGAGCGGUCUACUUAGCUGUUACUGUUCUCUUGGUCUUUAUCACAUGCUUUGCGCCCAGCAAUAUUACUCUCUUAAUUCACAUUGUACUGAGGUUUGGAUAUGACACUGGUUGCUACACAGCCUACAAACUGACCUUGUCGCUCAGCUGUGUGAACAGCUGCCUCAAUCCAUUUAUCUUCUGUUUUGCUUCCACGGAGUUUCAGAAACGGGUGUACCGUUUAUUCAAUUGGAGGCAGUCUCGUAAUCAACAGGGCAGAUCUAUGCUCCCAUCUGGAAGGUUAAGCUCUGUUCAGAGUUAAUGAAAUAUGUCAAGUCAAGUUUAUUCGUCACAUACACAUACGAGAUGUGCAGUGAAAUGAAA